AUGGAAAGGUGUUGGUUUAAUUCGACGGUGUUUAAGAAGGAGUUACAACGUGGGUAUGGGAUAAAGAAAUUAAUGGACAAUCUUAGUCCUUUUGAAAAUACUAGUGAAAGUGAAGAUCUGAAUCCAAAAGGUAGGGCUAAAAACAUUCAUAGUUGGAGGGGUCGUGGAAAUUCUAGUUACAGUGAUGUUGGUCGUUUAUUUGGCAUCAAAGACAUUCGGAAUUUCAUCUCUGAUGAGACUUUUUUAGUUAGGGAUAGUAAUGGAGAUAGUUAUUCUAUCUAUUUUGAUAUAGAAAAUCAGAUUUUUGAGAUUGACAGCAAUCAUUCUUUUCUGAAUGAACUACAAAGUUAUUUUUCUAGUUAUCGCAACAUGUAUGAUACUCAAUCUAGUUGGAAUAAUCACAUUACUGGUUGCAUUGACACUUAUCUUCAGUCUCGAAUCUGUAUUGAUACGCCCAUUCUAAGUGAUAGUAGUGACGGUUACAUUUCUAGGUGCGUUUUUAAUAAACGUAAAACUUAUAGUCAAGGCGGGGGGUCCAGUAUACUAACCCGUGCUAAGAGUAGUGAUUUAACUCUAAGAGAAAGGUCUAGUGAUCUCGCUGCAACUCAAAAAUACAGGCAUUUGUGGCUUCAAUGCGAAAAUUGUUAUGCAUUAAAUUAUAAGAAACUUUUGAAAUCACAAAUGAAUGUUUGUGAACAGUGUGGAUACCAUUUGAAAAUUAGUAGUUCAGAAAGAAUCGAAGUUUCGAUUGAUCCCGGGACUUGGGAACCUAUGGAUGAAGACAUGAUCUCCGUGGAUCCCAUUGGAUUUCAUUCGGAGGAGGCGCGUUAUAAAGAUCGGAUUGAUUCUUAUCAAAGAAAGACAGGAUUAACUGAGGCUGUUCAAACAGGCAUAGGUCAACUAAAUGGUAUUCCCGUAGCAAUUGGGGUUAUGGAUUUUCAGUUUAUGGGGGGUAGUAUGGGAUGCGUAGUCGGGGAGAAAAUAACCCGUUUGAUUGAGUACGCUACCAAUCAAUUUCGACCUCUUAUUAUAGUGUGCGCUUCGGGGGGAGCGCGCAUGCAAGAAGGGAGUUUGAGCCUGAUGCAAAUGGCUAAAAUAUCGUCUGCUUUAUAUGAUUAUCAAUCAAAUAAAAAGUUAUUGUAUGUAUCAAUCCUUACAUCUCCUACUACUGGUGGGGUAACAGCCAGUUUUGGUAUGUUGGGAGAUAUUAUUAUUGCCGAACCAAAUUCCUACAUUGCAUUUGCGGGUAAAAGAGUAAUUGAACAAACAUUGAAUAAAACAGUACCCGAAGGUUCACAAGCGGCUGAAUAUUUAUUCCAGAAGGGCUUAUUUGACCUAAUCGUACCGCGUAAUCUUUUGAAAAGUGUUCUGAGUGAGUUAUUUAAGCUCCACGCCUUCUUUCCUUUGAAUUUCAAGUCAAUCAAGUAG